UUUCCCCACUGCAUAGCUGUAAGACAAUAUGACCCUGCACCGUUCAACCUCUGCUCAUUAAGCCACCGUCCGCUCCGGAACAAGGAGUUCAUUUCUUUAGUGGGGUCGGGUGGACCGCCACUUUCUACAGUUUCCACUAUCUUCGCUCUCCGUCCAUCCGGCUGCUGCUAUCUCUCCACGGCAACGGGAGAGGUCCAGCCGAGCUGAACUCCGCGGAGCCAUGCGACAGUGGUGUGUCCCCGCUGCGACCCCUCGCACCGAACCACUCCCGGGGCGCCUGUCUGUGUCGCCCCCUCCAUCAGAUGCCAGAAUGGAGUGCUGUGAGGUGGAGCCACGCUACACCAUCGAACAGAUCGACCUGCUGCAGCGCCUGCGUCUCUCCGGCAUGACCAAACCUCAGAUCAUCCACGCUUUGGAGUCCCUGGAGAGGCUUGACCCGGACCACCGCCCGUCUCACUGUGACUCUCACCCCGCCCCGUCCAACAACACCCCAACCACAGCCGCUCCAGCCCCGUCCUCAUCUUCAUCCUCCUCUUCCUCUUCACUCUCACUAGCCUCUGCUACCACGCAGACCUCCGGUCUGGACGGCGCCGCUCUGUCCCCCAGCAAUAGCUACGAGGCUUCGCCUCCGCCCCUCUACCCCCCCAGUGUGGUGGUCCAGCGGUCAUUCAGCUACGACAUGAUGGGAGAGGAAGAGUGGGACCUGGAGGAGAAGGUGGAGGAGUACAUGCGGAGAGACAGCAACCUGGUGAAAGAAGAGAUCAAAACCUUCCUCAACAAUCGCAGGAUCUCUCAGGCAAUCGUGGGCCAAGUUACAGGCAUCAGCCAGAGUUACAUCUCGCAGUGGUUGCUGCAGCAAGGCCUGGAGAUGAGCGACUCCAAGCGCAGAGCUUUCUACCGCUGGUACCUGCUGGAGAGAAAUAACCCAGGGCUGAGGUGGAGUGAAAGCCAGCACAGCGUGAGUCCCAUGUCCAGGGCCAGGGGAGGGGACAGAGACGGGACGGUAGCAGGGGCAAGUGGCAGCCUCCCCAACCCAAACACCAACCUCAACCCCAACCCAGUGUGGAGCAGGCAGAGAGAGCUGCUGAUGCACUUGCUGCCGUGGUACACUGCCGCUGCUGCAGCCGCCCAGGCCCAGCCAGGGGCCACCCUCUCAAUGCGGUCUUUAGUGAAAGAGGAACCUGAUUGGAGGACAGGGAUCAUGGCUGGCGACAGAGCAGGGAUGGUGGGCGGGCCUCUGAGGCUGCGUAGAGGAAGCAGGUUCACCUGGAGGAAGGAGUGCCAAUCGAUCAUGGAGAGUUUCUUCAUGGAGAACCAGUACCCAGAUGAAGGGAAGCGAGAGGAGAUCGCCAACGCCUGUAACUCUGUCAUUCAGAAACCAGGUUGUAAGCUAUCUGAAUUUGAGCGUGUGACAGCAUUGAAGGUGUACAACUGGUUUGCCAAUCGUCGGAAGGAGAUGAAGAGGAGAGCAAAUAUCGAAGCUGCCAUUUUGGAAAGCCAUGGAAUCGAGGUGCCAAGUCCAAGCUGCCACUCAAAUGGUGAGGAGGGAGAGAUGCAAGAGUUUGCUGAUCAGGUGACUCACCGAUUCUCAGAUCAAGAAGAGACAUCCCUCAGGAUUGUUGACCAACAAGACCCCUCCUCUUUGGCCACUACAGAGAUUGCAGCCCUGCCAAGCCCCACCCCUCAGGUCCUGGAUCAGAAAGAGGAGGACUCAAAAAGGGAGACUGUGGAUGAAGAGUGACCAAAGCUGGUGGAGUUUGGAUCAUGAUAUGUGAAUUUUAAUCAGAUGAAAUAGGAAAAGAAUAAGUGUCUCCUCCUCCACCCAUGUAGGGCCUUCGGGGCCUAUGGCACCCAAAAAUCAAAGGGAGAUAUGCGCUGAAACACGCUGAGGUGCCUCUGAUGGUAAGGAGGCCACUGUAUUUAUCAACAGUAAUCCUGCUUAUAUUAACGGCAAUAUACAGUAUAUAUAUAUAUAUAUAAAUAUAUAUAUCAAUAUAUAGUGCAUUCCAAGAUGGUAUUAAAAAGCCUAAAUUCCUUAGAGGGAGAAUUAUGUAACGGAUACCUCGCCCAUUUUAAGCUAAGCCUUUAGUUUUUUCUUUGCUUCAUGCCUUUUUUAAGCCUUUUCAAAGACUGGUUGUUUGAUGGACUGUGGUGACAUGAACACGCUGAGCCUGCAGGUCAGGUGUAUUUGGGUGUGGGGAUAAAGUAUGGUAUCAAAGAUAUAGUGGUGAUUCGAAUGCCCUCUGCUCGCUUGAAUGUGUUGGACUCUAUCUGGUUCGUAAGACUCUAACCUCAAUCGGUCGAUUGAUUAAAUCAGUCGAUCAAUCAAUGAGUGCUGUUGCUAUUAAAUCCGUAAAGCCCUGAGGGACAACUUUAAUCUCAGGUAACAAAAAAUGGUGGAUCAAGACUGAAGAGUUGUCUCAACAUAUGCUUUGUUUUCUUCAGCUUUAUUUUCUUCAUCUUUAACGGUGUUUAACCAAAACAGGAAGUGUUAUUUAUACCUUUUUAUAUUAGCAAAACAAGCCUAGGACAAUAUAUCAUAGUAUCUCUUUGUCAUCUGUCUUCUUUGUUAUACUGAAUGCUGCUGUGAUCAUUUUUGUAGUCUAUCCUCAUUUCAGAAUCUCUCAAUCCUCAACUCAGCCAGUGAAGCUAGACUAGUUACAUUAGUCUACUCAGAUUAUUUUAUUUUUAACGUUUGAAAGAACGCUAAAACCAAUGUGAUCAAAAAUCAUAAUGCGUUGGCCUACAUGCUACAAGCACCUUCUCUUUUCCCUAUUGGAAUAAGCUAAAGCUUAAGCUCAUUUAAGUUUGUGUGACUGCAAAGCUGCACUUCAAAGUGGAUCUCACUAUAAUUGACAGAGGGGAGCAGUGCAGACUGUACCUGCAUUUGGGCCUAGACAUGUACAUAACCCAGAGAAUAUACACAUCUGUGGGUGCUUUCCUUCAAAUUACAUUAGCACUAUAUAGAAACUGUUAUUUGUCAAACUUGAUAUAUGAAUAGCUGACCUAAACUCUGCAUUACUUAGCCCCCUAUAUUUACUGGCCCAAGGCCUUGGGAGUUACUCCCUAAAUGUUCAUGAAAUGGACAAAGAUGCUUGUUCUCAAAUGCCCCCCUCCCAACAGGGUGCUACCAUGUUACCUCCUAAUGCCAAAGCUAUGCCAAGGUAGAGAUGAGCUAUGCUUACAGGAACAGGAAAUGACACUGUCACAACACUAUAGAUAUACAAUACAUAGAUGUUUAUUUGCAAAGUACAACACUAGCCAACUCUAGCUUACCUCAGAAUAACUCAUGUCAUGAAUGUGUUACACGCUAACUGUCAAACUUGACAGCAGCCAUUAUUGUGACUGUUUAUGAUAUGGACAGUGUUAUGUAGCAUUUAUGAUGGUGGGGUUUGCCCUGGAUCAUUAAUGUAUACUCACCUCAGACAGCUCUCUAGUCUGGCUUUGGACAAGAACCCCAAAGCUGCACGCUGUUUCUGAUCAUUAUGCUCCUCUAUCUGCUUUUAUCUGACAACAAGAAAAUAAUAACAACAAUAAAAUUGCAAAAAAAACAA